UUUAAACAUAAAGAAGAUAGUACCGUUAAAUAACCACAGCCUUACAUACUGACGCUUUGCUCUUGCACAGCCACAUCAUAUUCUUCAUCGACCAAAAACCACCACAAUUUAACAUCUGGCCUGAAUUUCUGCAACUGGCUCUUCUUUACAAUCUCCAAAUUCACAGUCUUUUCUCAGUUCAUGGCUUCUUCAAUGCUCUACGGAGCUGAAAAUCUAAGUCUUGUUCGAGCCAUGAACUGCAAAACCCACAAAGGACUAAGUUUUUUAGGCUCAGAUUUGCAUGGUAAGCAUUUCUCACGAGUGAACUUAGCUUCAAACUGUUCUAAAAUCUUGAAAACAAGAAAUAUAGCAGUGAAAUGUAGUUUAUCAGCUUCAAGACCAGCUUCUCAGCCCAGGUUUAUCCAGCACAAAAAGGAAGCUUUUUGGUUCUAUAGAUUCUUGUCAAUAGUAUAUGACCAUGUGAUAAACCCUGGUCACUGGACUGAGGACAUGAGAGAUGAUGCUUUGGAGCCGGCUGAUCUUAGUGACCGGAAUAUGUUAGUGGUGGAUGUGGGUGGUGGUACUGGCUUCACUACUUUGGGUAUUGUUAAGCAUGUGGAUGCUAAGAAUGUUACCAUUCUUGAUCAGUCUCCUCAUCAGCUUGCGAAAGCUAAGCAAAAGGAGGCAUUGAAGGAGUGUAAGAUUAUUGAGGGUGAUGCUGAGGAUCUUCCGUUUCGUACUGAUUAUGCUGAUAGAUAUGUUUCUGCUGGCAGUAUUGAGUACUGGCCAGAUCCGCAACGCGGCAUCAGAGAAGCAUAUAGGGUCUUGAAACUAGGAGGAAAAGCCUGUGUAAUUGGUCCCGUCUACCCAACGUUUUGGCUGUCUCGGUUCUUUGCAGAUGUUUGGAUGCUCUUCCCAAAGGAGGAAGAGUACAUUGAGUGGUUCCAAAAGGCUGGGUUUAAGGAUGUUCAACUGAAGAGGAUUGGCCCAAAAUGGUAUCGUGGUGUUCGACGUCAUGGCCUGAUCAUGGGGUGUUCUGUAACGGGUGUUAAACCCGCAUCUGGAGAUUCUCCUUUAGAGCUUGGUCCAAAGGAAGAGGAUGUGUCAAAGCCGGUGAAUCCAUUGGUGUUCUUACUGCGAUUUCUUUUGGGUGUUAUGGCAGCAGCAUACUAUGUGCUGGUCCCUAUCUACAUGUGGCUCAAAGAUCAAAUCGUGCCCAAAGGUAGACCAAUAUAAAAGAGACGUGGCUUAAAGAUCUCUGUACCCAGAGAUUGCACCAAUGUAAGACAGGUCCUAGUCAGUUUUCCGCCUGUUACGGUCGACCAAACUUGGAUUGCAAAUGUAGAAAUGCAUUUAGAUUCAGCCUUUGCUUAGUCUAAACAAGGAAAAUAAGAUUUGCUUUGAAUUGCUUAUGAAAUUCUGUUGCGUAUUCGAAAAGAUUGGUUAAGAGUUUCA